UUGCAUUAAAUCAUUUGAUUGACAUCUAUCAUUUUGCAACAUCAUCAUGACAUAAAAAUUUCAUAAACAAAAAAAAUAUUUCUUUUUAAAUCAAAAUUUCCCAUCGAAAUAAGAUGCGUUGUUUUUUUCUUAUAAAACAUAAAAGAAUUCCCGUAACUUGUACAUCUCGAUAUAUGGGAUCUGAUUCAGAGGAUGGAGGGCAUGGUGGUAGUCCUGGAGGUGGAGCUGGGAAAGGUGGUGGGGGUGGUGGUUCUAUACGAGACGCGGGUGGUGCUUUUGGUAAAUUGCAAGUUGCGAGGGAGGAGGAGUACUUUUAUAAGAAGCAAAAGGAGCAAAUAGCUAAGUUAAAGGAAGAAUUAAAUAGAGAAAUUAAAUAUCAUGAGGAUCAAGUUAAGGUUCAUAAGGAAUUAGCGAAACAACAAAAGGAAAUGAUGGAAAAGAUAAAAGAAGAAGAAGAAAAGUCUGAUAAAUAAGUUAAAUAAA